UGUCAAUGCUUAAACAAAUUGAAUCAUCAUAACAAAGUUUUUCGAUCUUUUUUUUAUACAUUUGUAUACUUUAAUAUUUUGAUAAAAUUGGCGAUGAAUCGAUUUGAAUACGCUCAAGCGAUCUUGAAAGAUGACGAGUCAUUCGUUGCAAAACAUAAGAGUAUGAAAUUAUACCAUGGCCAUCAAAAGACGAAUUUCGAAGAUGGUGAAGUGGUUCUUACUACACACCGUUUAUUAUGGGGUCGAGUCGGUGAAAUUGCCCGUGGAAUGGUUGUGCUAAGUUUGAAUUUGAAAUAUGUCAUUUCACUCGACGAAGAAGUGGCCAGUUCGUUUGUGUUUGGUCGUAAAAAGCGAAUCAUAAUAAUGCUGAGUGAAUUACAAUCGGACAAAGCACCGGGCCCGAUGGACGAUAGUACUGGCGAAACGUUUAUAAAGUUGUCCGGCCGAAAUGGCAUUGAAGAGUCAUUUGUACAAUCGUUGAACGAAACAGUGUCGGCUCGCAUAUGGGAAACAUCGGAAAAAUCAUCAAACAAUGAAACCGAAAAUACGCCGGUACGUCGAAUAAAAUUGCGAACGGGAAUUGUGGGCAUUGAACGAAAUCUACAAGAGCGUCAAAAGCAAACCGAUGAAAAUAUUACGCUUGCCUUUAAAGAUCUUAAUAAAUUAAUGACCAUGGCCAAAGAUAUGGUUGCCAUUUCAAAAGUGAUCAGUUCGAAAAUUCGCGAACGUCACGGUGAUAUAUCGGAAGAUGAAACGGUUCGAUUUAAAUCGUAUCUCAUGAGCUUAGGUAUCGAUGAUCCGGUCACAAGAGAUAGUGCUGCAAGCAAUUCAGAAUAUUUUCAACUAUUGGCAAAUCAAAUUUGUGCAAUGUUACUCGAUCCAAUUAUCGAAGCAGGCGGAAUGAUGUCAUUGGCUGAUGUAUAUUGUCGCGUCAACCGUGCACGUGGAUUGGAAUUACUUUCGCCGGAAGAUCUUUUGAAUGCAUGCCAAAUGUUAGAUGGUCCGAUUAAAUUGAGAAAAUUCCCAAGUGGUGCAAUGGUCUUACAGAUUGAAACACACAGCGAUGAAAUCGUUUCGCAAGAAACAUUUGAAGCGGUGGAAAAGGCCAAAUCAAUAACUGUCGAGGAAUUAGCACAACUUCUGAGCAUUUCGUUGUUGUUAGCACAAGAACGUCUUCUUACUGCCGAAAGAGCUGGAAAAAUUUGCCGUGAUGAUUCUAUUGAAGGACUACGUUUUUACCCAAAUCUAUUUUUAACAAAUGCAAUUGAAUAACUGGACAUAACAUAAAUAUCAUCAAUUUGUAAAUAAAACAAAACGAGUUUUAACCAUUAA